ACAGCAGCUUGUUGGAGAGCUACACGGAGGGGGAGAUCCGGCAGCUGAUCUCGGCGCUGGUGGAGCGUUACAGCCAGGCCAUGAACUCGGGUGGCCACGCCCACGCCCUGCCUCUCUUCCCCCGGGCGGGCAGCCGCAGGAAACGCGCCCGUGCUCGCCACAAACCCUGCACCCUGAAGGAGCUGGAGGUGAGCAUCAGCGAGCUGGGGCUGGGCUACGAGUCGGACGAGACGGUGCUUUUCCGCUACUGCAGCGGCACCUGCGAGGCGGCCGUCCGGAGCUACGACCUCUCGUUGAAAAGCAUGAGGAGCAAGAGGAAGAUCAAGAAGGAGAAGGUCAGGGCUCGACCUUGCUGCCGGCCGCUGGCCUACGACUACGAUGUCUCCUUCUUGGAUGCCUACAACCGCUACUACACCGUCAACGAGUUCUCAGCCAAGGAGUGUGGCUGCGUGUGA